CGUCGAUCUCUCCGCCUACCAGAGUCCCUGUUGUCCAUCUCCCUGACCACCGGCACCCCCGGAUCCCAAGUGCAUCUCUCUCCUGCGCCUGGCUUCCUGCCUGUCUGCUCCAUCGCCACCGCCACCACCGCCGUCGCCGUCGCCAUGUCUCAGCCCCAGUCCGCUCCCGCGACCAAGACCCAGGAUUCCAGGGCCGAUUCGAGCAACCAGUGGCGAUCGGUGCCCUCGAGCCGCCACAAGUCCUCGCAUGCCGACUCUCAGGGCUCGGCUCCUGCCUCUCUUCCUCCCUUCAAAACCGUCGUGCGUGGUCGGGCCCAGCGUGGUCGCCCUGGCAAGAAGGACUACUCCAGGCCCCACGAUUCGGCCCAACAUCCGUCUACCCAUGCCGCAGAUGCUGCUCCCAAACCUGGUGCCAUCGGCAGCUUUGGCAAGUCACAGUCGGCUUCCUUUGCAUCGGUCUUGAGACACAAUGUCGCCACCCGGCCUGCCCAUUCGGCCCCGCGACAGGAUAGAUCCGAGGCCGUUCCCAUCACCGAGCCCAAGGCCGAUCCCCAGUCUGCCCUGCUCUCCACCUCCAUCAAGAGCGACCACUCGGACUCGGACGGAAACGAUUCGGAUGGUGCCGCCUCGGAGGCCGGCGAGGUUGCUCCCGCUGCCCCUCCCACCUUCUGGAACCCAAUUGUCUUCCACUGCCCGAUGCCCAACUGCCCUCCCAACACCCUGCCCGUCACCGACCCCAACGUUGCCCUCGAGCAUCUGAAGCAGGACCACCAAAUCGUCUUCAAGGACUACCACCAUGUCAUGCCCUAUCUUGAAAAGUACGUCAACUACUGGGCCAGUCGGCUCAACGAGACCUCGCUCGAUCAAGUUGCUGCCCUGACCCUCGAGACAAACCAAAGUGGCGAUCCCAUCUAUUCGUUUGGCGAAGAAUCGAAUCAGGAAGACAAGGAGCUGCGUGAUCGCUUGCAGCGAGAAAAGCUGAAUGAGAUGCUUGCCAUCCAAGAGCGCGAGCGCCACCACGAUUCGGCGCUCCCCCGAAAGUGUCUCUUCUGCAAGCUCGUCUGCGACAACCGAUCUGCGCUGUUCAAGCACAUGUUCAACGAACAUGGUUUCAACAUUGGUCUCCCCGACAACCUGGUUGAGGUCAACGAGUUUCUGGACACCUUGCAGACCAAGCUUAGUGGACUCCAGUGCCUCUACUGCGAAAAGAUCUUCAAGACUAGCGCUGUUCUGCGCAAGCAUAUGCGAAAGAAGAAGCAUUUCAAAAUCAACCCCCGCAACCACUCCUAUGACCGGUUCUACAUCAUCAAUUACCUCGAGCCGGGCAAGAACUGGGAGUCCUUCGAGAACGACAAGUACGAUAGCGAUGAGGAGCGCAGAGAAAAUGAUGAGUGGGAGGACUGGGACGAACCCGUUGAAAUGGAGGCCACGAUGUGUUUCUUUGAUGAAACCAUGUUCCCGACUCCCGAAGAAUGCAGCGAGCACCUCAAGAGCCACCACGACUUUGACCUCAAGCGCAUCUCGCUGGAUCGUAGCCUCGACUUUUACGGUCUGAUCCGGCUCAUCAACUACAUCCGCCGCGCAACAUCGCUGUCCAAGUGUUUCUCGUGCGACCUCGAGCUCUCAUCCAUGGCCGAGCUUGUGGAGCACUUCCAGAGCUCUGGGCAUGCCUCGGAGCAGGCCAUCCCAGCCAGCGACGGGGUUUUCUGGAGCGACCCACAGUUCCUGUUCCCGACGUAUGAGAAUGACCCUCUGCUCUCGUACGUCGGGGGCGAGGUCAUGGAUGAGGACGACGACGAGUGCGUCCCCGGUGGCAAAGAGGUUGGCGGUGUGCUCGCCGAGGACGAUAUCCGUCAAUUGGCGCUCAAGAAGCACCUGAUCUCUCCAGACGAUGCCCAGGACGAUGCCAUGGAUGAGUCUGCGGCUGGCGAAGACGCCCCCGAGGACGAUGCCGAUGUCGAAGUUGCCCUCUGAUCAAGCUCGCCAUCCGAUCGCCCUUACCCUCAUGUCCGCUCGACUCGCUCAAUCAAGCACAGUCUGGGGUUUGCGUCGUGUGUCAAUUCUCCGGCCGCGGCAGUCACAAGUGACUCCAUUCAACCCGUGUGCAACCCCCUCAACUCCAUGGCCACUUCCCCCCCCCUGACAACCCCAUUUCGUGACUUUCAGCACAGUGUGCUCGCAGUAAAUACAGUCUGUACAUGUUCGCCA